AUGAUCCAGAUAUGGAAUGUCUUCCCCUAUAUUUGUAGAAAGAUUAACUCAACCCUAAUGAAAUUUCCUAAAGUUCUUACUAGUAACAAAUACAAGGCACUGGUUGAUGGAGAAAUCAAGGAGAUUUCUCUUGAAGACUACAGAGGGAAAUAUGUUGUGAUUGUUUUUUACCCUUUAGAUUUCACCUUUGUAUGUCCUACAGAGGUCAACAGAUUUUGCGAUCUCAAAGAGGAGUUUCUCAAAAGGAAUGCCUUAGUUCUGUUUGUUUCCUGCGACUCGGUCUACUCACAUCGUGCAUGGGCCUCAAUAUCAAGGGAAAAUGGCGGGAUCCUAGGUGUUUCAUGGCCAAUGAUAUGGGAUAUGAAGAGGGAACUCUGCAAUCAGUUUGAGAUGUUUGAUGAGGAGAACGGACACCCCAUGCGAGGCACGGUAAUACUCUCCAAGGAUCUGGAUGUUAAACACCUAAGCAUCAAUUACCAUGCAGUUGGAAGGUCGGUUAGCGAGAUCCUCCGUUUAAUUGAUGCUAUCACCUUCAACGACGAAAAUGGGGAGAUAUGUCCUGUUGAAUGGAAAAAAAAGAUGAAUAACCAUUAA